AUGCAAGGGAACGAUUCGGCCAAAUCUUUUUUAGAAAAGUUAAAGUCGGGCGGGUCUGCUACUGCAUAUGUGGACAAUAACGCACCGCCGGACGGGGAGGGCAUUAUCGUUCGAAGACUUGACAGACAGUAUACAAGUGAGCCAUUAUCAGCAUUAGGGCUUAGAUUGAGUGACGAUGCGGAAGUUCUUUCAACUGAAAAACAUUCUCCUGCAGCGAAAGCAAAUGUACUCCCUCAGUACAUGAUUAUAUAUGUCAAUAAUCAAUUCGUUGGUAGUCGUGCAGACUUUGAAGAACUCGCAUCACAACAUCUUACACUUAUAGUUAAACUCCAGUCGACUGGUGCCAUGUCUGAGUUGCUUGCAAAAAUACUGGAUGAAGAAGACAAAGCGGGAAUCGAUCAUGUCAACAUGGGGAUUGAUACAAAUGAGCUUUUGCGUACAACACCACGUUAUGGUUUUUUGUCUGCAGAGCAUCCUAUGUUUCUUAGAUGGAACCAUCGAAUUCAAACUCAGCGGGAAGCAAGACAGCUUCUUCGUCAGGCCGCAAGAGAUGCAGAGGAACAGCAGGCAAAAGAGGCUUUCGAGAAGAUCAGACAAGAAAUGGAGGCUGAAGAAGCUAAACAGAAACAGAUACAGAGAAAUCUUGAGCCAAUUGAGAAAUCUUUUCCCGAGGUUACACCAAAAUGUGAAGAGGAGUUUCUUUUGAAACAGGUACAGGACGAAAGUGCUUUUGGCCGAGGGAAUGACGUAACUGAGACAUUUGAAGAAGAAAAUGAAGAAGCAUCACCGGAAGAAUUGCUUAAACUUAUUGGUGCCCAACCCAGAGAGGAAAUUGUUGUACAGGAUAAUCCACCCGAAGAAAGUGGUGAGGUCCGCUAUUUCAUUACUCCAACUGAAGAGUAUACACUUUCUAAUGGAAUGCGUGUAACUGUAAGUGUUAAACAAAGAAGUGGACCUGUGCCUAAACCACCUCCUGGAAAACCACCAAAAAAUAUUGGUGGCUCACGGAUCAAUACAGCAAACAAUGCCCCGAAUCCAACGAACAAUUUUAAUAGCGAGGUAACAUGCUCUUUUUGUUAUAUGCGGGGACACAGCGAGGAUGAUUGUGUGGAGAAAAAAGAACAGGAGAAAAAACUGGCCAUGGCCCCUAAGGAACGCCAGGUAUGCCGCGAUUAUUUGAGAGGACGAUGCACACGAUCCGACUGUAUGAUGAGACACAUCUCUAAACCUAACCGAAGUCGAAGCCGAAGCCCCCGUCCUCGAAAAAGAGGUCGCGACAGACAUAGAAGUCGGGACAGACGCCAUCGUGGAAGUAGCCGCAAACGGCGCCACGGCAGUCGACGUAGAAAUCACCGAAGUAAUUCUUCCGAACGUUAUCGUCGGCGAAGAUGA